CUUUCCCCCAAUCCCCUCAGGCUCAGGCUGUGCCCGGGGCCGCCGGCGGGCACCUGAGGUGGCCUAGACGCCCUCCUGCCUGCGGCGCCUCCCGGCCGCCCCUCCCGCUCCUCCGCCCCCGCCUCCCCCCGUCCUCCGCCUCUCUUCCCCCUCCCCGCCCAGCAGCGGCCGCUUGGGCCCGGCUUUCGGUUAUAAGAUGGCGGCGCUGAGCGGCGGCGGCGGCGCGGAGCAGGGCCAGGUUCUGUUCAACGGGGACAUGGAGCCCGAGGCCGGCGCCGCGGCCUCUUCGGCUGCGGACCCUGCCAUUCCGGAGGAGGUGUGGAAUAUCAAGCAAAUGAUUAAGUUGACACAGGAACAUAUAGAGGCCCUAUUGGACAAAUUUGGUGGGGAGCAUAAUCCACCGUCAAUAUACCUAGAGGCCUAUGAAGAAUACACCAGCAAACUAGAUGCUCUCCAACAAAGAGAACAGCAGUUAUUGGAGUCCCUGGGGAAUGGAACUGACAUUUCUGUUUCUAGCUCUGCAUCAAUGGACACCGUUACAUCUUCUUCCUCUUCUAGCCUUUCAGUGCUGCCUUCAUCUCUUUCAGUCUUUCAAAAUCCUACAGAUGUAUCACGGAGCAACCCCAAGUCACCACAAAAACCUAUUGUUAGAGUCUUCCUGCCCAACAAACAGAGGACAGUGGUACCUGCAAGGUGUGGAGUUACAGUCCGAGACAGUUUAAAGAAAGCACUGAUGAUGAGAGGUCUUAUCCCAGAGUGCUGCGCUGUUUACAGAAUUCAGGAUGGAGAGAAGAAACCAAUUGGCUGGGACACUGAUAUUUCCUGGCUUACCGGGGAGGAGUUGCAUGUAGAAGUGUUGGAGAAUGUUCCACUUACAACACAUAACUUUGUACGGAAAACUUUUUUCACCUUAGCAUUUUGUGACUUUUGUCGAAAGCUGCUUUUCCAGGGUUUCCGCUGUCAGACAUGUGGUUAUAAAUUUCACCAACGUUGUAGUACAGAGGUUCCACUGAUGUGUGUUAAUUAUGACCAACUUGAUUCUUUGAACAUCAUCCAAUACCACAGGAGGAGGCCUCCUUAGCAGAGACUGCCCUUACAUCUGGAUCAUCCCCUUCUGCACCCCCCUCAGACUCUAUUGGGUAUGAUUUGACUCCUGCUGUUCAGUGACAUGCUGUUUGAACUGCCUUCCUUUGAAUCUCUUAGUUAAUUGUAAACCCUUCCAACCUGUAAAUUGUUAACUUAAGGACUUUUUUUCAAAUAUUGUAUCACAUCAUUCAGAUAUUUACAUGCAGUUAGUACAGAAAGUUUCAAGCUGUCUUAGACUGAGGACCAGUCCUGAUAAAAAGGCAGGCAACAGAUAAUAUUAUAAAUGAUUUCCAUUUAUAAAAGCAGCAUUAGCUGGAUGUGGUAGCAAACACCGAUAUAAUCCCAGCAUUUGAGAGACUUUGAAGGAUGAUGAAUUCAAGGCCAGGCUAGUCUACAGGAUAAGACACUUAACAAGAGAGAGGAGCAGUAUUAACAUAUGAGCCAGUGGCAAAUAAUUUAAAAUAGUAUAUAAUAAUAAUGUUCAAGUUAUGAUGGGGUAUAUUAAACUAUCUUAUAAGAAUGUGAACGUUUACAGAAGAGAAACUUGAGGCAGAAUGCUCAGGAAAACUUAAGAACAUGCAAUUUGAACCAGAGGUUAAUGGAUUACUAGUAUCUGAAUGAUCCUAGGGAAUAAAAGCAUGAUGAUAGGGGACAGAGAAGUAGCAUAAAUAAAAGGACUGAGGACAGCAGGUUUAGGAGCUAGUGAAGGAAGCUGAAGUAACUUGAGAAAUACUUGUAUGAGACCAGGUUAUGGAGAGCCUUGGAAGGUAGGCUGGUAUUUACCUGACACCAGAAGGAGGGAAAAUUACAAGUUUUCAAACAGAUUACUAACCUGAUGAAAAUGGUUUUAAAGAAAGAAUCGCUUAGCAGUGAAAUACAGUUAGAUUGAUAAAGGAAAGGGUAGGGUGAAGACGAAGAUUGGAACUGGAGUGGUAGCAGCACAGAGAAAUGAGGGAUAUCCAUAAAAUGCAAGAGAAAAAAUUAAUAGUAUUGCCAAGUUAGAAGAUAAAGCAAAGAAAUGAUUUUAAAAACAAUGCAAAACCAUCAUACAUUUAAGGUUCACAGUAGCAAAAAAGAGACAGUCAUGAUAAUUAUAAUUAAGAUAUUAGUUUGCCCUGGAACAUUUUUUAUGCAGAUCUUACUCUUUCCCUAUUGGAUUUAAGGCAGGAAUAGUUAUGCUGUGUCUUGGAAACAUAUAGGUUUUUUUUUUUAAGUUCCCAUAUAGCAUUGUGUUCUACAAUAUUUCAAAGAUACUUAGUUCAGAAAUAUUGUCAGUUUUUACCCUACUUCCUCCCACUCUUCACAAUAUGGUGCUAGUUCGUUCUACUUCAUCCUGGAGAGUUAAAAUAAGUUGACACUUCAAAUAGACCUGUAAUUUUUAUGAAGCCAGCAUUUCUGGAGGUCUUGAAGGUUAGGAAACUUAGCAAAAGAAUUUUAUAUUAAAGCAUGAGCAAGUGUAUUCAUCUCUUUGGAACAGGAGAAAAUAAAACCACUAGGUUCAUUUCUCAGGUUGUAACACUUACCUCCUCUGGUGGAGCCAUUUUAUUCCUCUUGGCUCUAUCAUUAGUUGUAUAUAGCUGUGUGGUUUUUUUUAGACAAUUAAAUCAAAAUAUUACUGGCUUAUUUAUUUAUUUGUAAUACUGAGGAUUGAACUCAGGGCUUCACCCU